AUGGCAUUGUGGCGUCGUGUCAAAAAUAUUUUCUUCGGUAUAGCUAUUGGACAUACAGUAACCAACACAUUUGGUACUGUGGCUCGAGUUGAUGGUAUAUCGAUGCAACCCACGUUAAAUCCCACGUUAAGCACCUCUAGCGAUAUGGUGUUCCUAUCAUAUUUGCCAGUGCGCUUUGAUUCCAUUAAACGGGGUGAUCUCAUUGUGGCUAUAUCACCCAGAAAUCCAAACGAAAUAAUCGUUAAGCGUGUGAUCGGCUUGGAAGGCGAUGUUGUUAAGUUAAAAAGAAAACAAGACGACAGUAUGCGGAAAGUAGUACCCAAAGGUUAUUAUUGGAUUGAAGGCGAUCACAAAGGUCAUUCAUACGAUUCAACUAGUUUCGGUCCAAUUUCUAAAGGUCUUGUCAUCGCCAAAGUCCCUGCUAUAGUGUGGCCGCCUAGUAGAUGGCAGUUAAUACAAUCUGAAGUACAUAAAUAA